AUGACAUACAAUAAGGAAAACUUCUCAAAUACAUCCUCUGGAUUUAAAAAGGAGAGUUCAGGAAGCAUGAAUGGAAUUAACCAUUACCUCAAAGUUUUAGUCUUCAGCGUAGCAGUUUUCGCCAUCCAUUGUUUUAAUGAAGACUAUUCCUUUAAAAAUUCUGGAUCUAUAGAAAAGAGCUUAGGAAAUUCAUUUGACUUAAAAGAUGGAAGGAUAUUAAAAACAAAUUUCGGUUAUAGAACACUUUCCUCAUUGGAAGAAGAGGAAGGUUCAACAAAUUCAUUAGGAAUUGUUGAUGAUGAAAACGAUGCUGAUCCAGGAAGUGUUGGAAACAUCUCAUUGUGCAGCACAAUCCAUGGUGAUGUACAAAAUCCUGAAGAAUCUAAGUGUGGCAAACCUGAAAAAAGAAGAAGAUCAUCGAAAUCCAACACCUAUGGUAGCAAUUUAAUGGGAGAAACUACAAUGGAAGAUAUGGAAUAUGAACAGAAUUUCAUGAGAGAUGCAAGAGCUUACAGAAGAAAAGGAAAAUUAAGCCACAGAAUAGCUAGAUUUCUAAAGAAACACCACUACAUUGUUGCAGCUGUCCUUGCUGCUUUUGCUGCAUAUAAAUAUGGUAAAUACUACGCAUCAGGAGUAAUAUUUAUAUACUGUAUCUUCUUGUUAGUCAAGUACAUUAAAAGAAAUGUUAAAUAA